AUUCCCCAACCUGAUCUUCUGCCGUCAGACUCAUUGGAGGUCGUACACCACAUGAAGGCAGGCUGCAGGUGAAAAUAGGAGAAGAAUGGGGCACAAUUUGCAACUACGGGUGGACAAUGAGGGACGCAGCCCUGGUUUGUCAUCAGCUUGGUCUGGUACUCAAUCCUAACGACUGGUUCCUGAUGGGUGCUGAUAUACCUGUUGCUGGUACCAGGGAGAAAAUACUACUCAGUAACGUGCAAUGCACAGAGGAGGAUGUCGACAUAACGGAGUGUCGCGCGGAGAGGGCGAACGACAUGGAGAAGUCGUGUAGUCACGAUCACGACGUCGGUCUCCGUUGCUACGAGCCGCACUGGGCGGGUGUGCGCCUAGGGGUGCUCGCCGAAAAGUGCAUCUUCAGUAUCUCACCAUCGAACGCGCCGGCAUGCUGGAUUACGCUACUAAUACGUUCAAACCAGGUAACGUGA